AUGGGCGCCGGCACGGUCAUAUGGCUGGGCUGCCUCCUCCUGCUGGUCACUCAGAAUGGCUCAGCGAAGCGAACGGGGGGUGGCCACGCACUGCAUCUGUUGCACGCGAAGGGGGACCCCGCCCCAAGCGGGAAAAGGACGAGCAGCGCGUUUAUCAGGUGUAGUAGCAGUAUUGGCGGCGGUAUUGGCGGCGAUAUUGGCAGCAACAUAGUCAACAGCAUGGACAGCUCGGCCCUCACAUGGGGUGGGCGAACCAGCCGGGGCCAAUCCCUCAGAGUGAGGGGAGCUGCGAAGGGGCAGGCGAUGAGCGUGAGCGCAGAAGAAUACGACGUUGGCAUCCUCGGGUGCGGAGUCGGGGGACACGCUGCAGCAAUUAACGCAAUGGAGAGAGGGUUAAAAGUUAUCAUUUUCACAGGAGACCAAGACAGCAUCGGAGGUACCUGCGUUAACGUUGGGUGCAUCCCGAGCAAGUCACUGCUAUACGCCACGGGGAAGUACAGAGAGUUAAAGAAUCUAGCCAAGCUGUAUACAUACGGCAUUUACACGGAUGCUUUUGGCAAAAAUGGGAAGAGCGAUCCGGUUGAAAGAAACCAGAUGCUAGCUGACACUGUUCAUCUGGACAUUGCAAAGUUAAAGGAGUACACACAAAGAGUGAUUAACAAAUUGAAGGGAGGAAUUGAAAAUGGAUUAAAAAAUAAAAAAUUUUGCAAAAAUUCUGAACAUGUUCAGGUAAUUUAUGAACGUGGUCAUAUAAUCGACAAAAACAUUAUCAAGGGGGAGAAAAGUGGGAAGGAAUUCAAAGUGAAAAAUAUAGUCAUCGCCACAGGGUCUACCCCAAACAUCCCAGACAACAUAGAGGUAGAUGGACGGACCGUUUUUACGAGUGAUGAAGCGGUGAAAUUGGAGGGGCUGCAAAACUAUAUGGGGAUAAUCGGCAUGGGGAUAAUAGGAAUUGAAUUUUCUGACAUUUACACCGCCUUGGGGUCUGAACUGAUCUCCUUCGAUUACUCUCCUCAGCUGUUACCCCUGCUGGAUGCAGAUGUGGCCAACUACUUCGAGCGCGUAUUUAUUAAGUCUAAGCCGAUGCGUGUGCACCUGAACACGCGCAUUGAGUACGUGCGUGCGGGGGGGGGCGGUCAGCCGGUCACCAUCGGGCAUAGAGAGAGAAGCGAAGGGGAGGGAGACACCCCAGGUUAUGCUGCAAACCAAAUUAGGGAAACACAUGUGGACAGCUGCCUAGUCGCCACCGGGAGGAAACCAAACACGAAUAACAUGGGACUCGAAAAAUUAAAAAUCAGAACCAAGAGAGGAUACGUGCAGGUGGAUGAACAUCUAAGGGUGCAGAGAGAAGACCAGGGGGUGUAUAAUCACAUUUUUUGCAUAGGAGAUGCCAAUGGGCGGCAGAUGCUGGCACACACGGCGUCUCACCAAGCACUGAAGGUGGUCGAUUGGAUAGAAGCCAAGGGGGGAGAGGCACUUAAGAGUGACCCCUCGAAUGGUUCCCACAGCGACUGGGCCAGUAAACCCAUCAUCUAUAGGAACAUCCCCUCCGUGUGCUAUACCACCCCUGAAUUGGCUUUCGUGGGGCUGACGGAAAAGGAAGCCAAGCAGUUACACCCCCCAGAGAACGUCGGCGUAGAGACCUCCUUCUACAAGGCGAAUUCGAAAGUGCUCUGUGAGCAUAGCGAUGUGAGCUUUCCCAGUCUCUCCAAAAAUAAUUCCUAUAACAGGGGGAAAUACAACACAGUGGAUCAUACGACUGGUAUGGUGAAAAUUGUUUUUCUAAAGGACAGCAAGGAAAUCCUGGGGAUGUUCAUCGUGGGGAGCUACGCGUCCAUUUUGAUUCACGAGGGCGUGCUGGCUUUGAACUUGAAGCUCUCCGCCGUGGACUUGGCGCACAUGGUGCACUCGCACCCCACCAUCAGCGAGGUCCUCGACGCGGCCUUCAAGGCCAUCGCGCGGGUGCGCACGCACUGA